AGGAAUAUCUGAUUAUCGGAUGAUACCUGGCCGUGUUCAUCCUACUUUGAUCUUGGAAGGGCAUAUGUAUAAACGAGAAAAAAUGCUUGUAAAUGGCGACACAUACUGGAGAUGUCGUAAAAGAGUUUCUUUAGCUUGUAAAGCCGCCGCGAAAACUUUCUCUAUAACUGGCCUAGCUAAGGCAUUAGGCACACACAAUCAUGAUGAAUAUGAAUAAAUAUUUCAAGUUCUUCUGCCAAAUUUAUCUUUGAUUAUUUGACAAUUUGAUUAUUUGAUCCAGAAUUACAUUCUCUUUGGAAUAUGUGUGGUGCGAAUACCAGUGUUGGAUUGAAGAAUAGAUUCAUAUCGAAACGCCGUUGAUUGAAAUUAUAUGACGAAAAAGCUGAAACAAAAAUGCUCAAUGACACUCAAUGAGAUAGUGUAGACUAUAAAGAGAAUUUAUGAAAGGAUAUAGAGGAAAGUGGUUUAUAGAGCGAAUUUGACUGACAAGUCGACAGACAAAGUCUGCGGAUAAUGUACACCAGCCAAGUCAGUGGCAUUUAAAAAAAGGACUGGGUGAAAAAAUCCAUGAACCAGUUUUGUAUGCAGCGACUAAAGAUUGUAAACGAUUCGUACCUUCGAAAUAUUGUAUGGCCAUCUAACGCCAACUUUACUUCUACAAGAUUACACGUACAAGCGUGACAAACGUCUUCGGAAUGGUGACACAAAAUGGAGAUGCUCAAAGAAAGGAUCAACGUACAACUGUAAGGCCACUGCUCGAACUAUAUUUAAGACAGGAGAAGCUAUUCAAAUAGAUAUAUUUUCUGCUGCAACAAUAUAUACUGGCGGUGCACACCCCACGUUGAUUUUAUACGGGUACUCGUAUAAACGGUGUAACGUUCAUUUAAAUGGUGACAUUAAAUGGAGAUGUGCCAGAAAAAGUAUGAACUGCAAAGCAACUGCGAAAACUUUCAGCGAAUCAAGACAAACACUAGUAAUCGGCGUACAUAAUCACGACAGGCCAAUAAGACAUAAAAUAUUUACCAACGGGAAAGAAACAUCCUGUAAUGGUGUUCGACGGUUUCGUUUACAAACGCAUAAAAGUAAACAAGUCAGGAAAGGUGUUCUGGAGAUGCGUAUUGACCCAUAGAGGUUGUAAAAGCUACUGUCUUGUCGGUGAGGACCAAGUGGAAUGCACCCAUGAACACAAUCACAAACGACCUAAAUGCAGAACAAAGACGGGACGAUGGGAAAUUCCAGAUCUGUCUUGUCGGUAAGGACCAAGUGAAAUGCACCCAUGAACACAAUCACAAACUGCAACUGUUGCCGUUCGGGAGGAAAUAUCCUCUAUUGAUGGUCAACGGGCACACGUACAAGAGAUUCUCGAAAUUGCAUUCUGGCAGGAUACUUUGGAGGUGUUCCAGCAUCAUGAGGGGGUGCAAAGCCAAAGAUUUUACAGAACUUCCGCGAGGGGUACAAGGCAACUGGUGGUCGGAGGCUAUGCCUUCAUCUGCAGAAGCUACUGUCUCCAUCACAUCAAGAAGACUUGGAAGUGUGCCACACACGCUGACUGUACUGCUAAGGUGCACACGAUUGCAAUUCAUUUUUUUUCACCGAGUCCCGUCGCGGUCAACCUGUUCUUAACUACAAAGGCUAUAAGUUCAACAAACGGAAGCAAAAUGGCCCCGUCACGGCUUGGAUGUGCACCGCUUACUACACUAUGCAAUGCCAAAAGCGAAUCAGAACGAUAGAUGAUGUCAUAGCUAGCGUCAAAGGCGAACACAAUCAUUAAUUUGAUUCGCGUUCUUGAUAGGUACAUGUGAAGUGUAUUUCACGAAGUCACAACGAGGGCAGCCUGUUCUUCAUUUGGACGGCUAUACAUUUAACAAGCGAAGAAGGCGCGGUCCUAUCGGCACUUGGAUGUGUACCUAUUACUAUUCUACGAAUUGUCGCGCGAAAGUCAGAACUCCUGAUAUACAUACACCGUUAGGUUAUAUGGCAAAAUUAUAACAACUGCGAAAGGAGGCAAAGUAUUGCUCCUUGGGGGACACCGAUACCAUAUGGAAUAUGGCAAUGACGUCACCAGCUACUGGAGGUGCACUAAAAGAGGAUCAAAAGCCUGCAAGAGCAAAGUUCGGAUCGUCCAUGGACGAAUUAUGGUUUGGGAUAGUCACACACAUCUCUAGGGAAAACGAGUACCUUUAGUGCCGUCCACAAAUUUAGUAAUCUUCAGACAAACGGCAUAUCAGCGUAGAAUCAAUUAUUCUUCAAAAAAAAAUGUUUUUCUCUAUGCAUGUA